CAUAUGUAUACUAAGGAUACAGAACCCGGCAGAACAUAUAUCUCUGAGUCUCCUUUUCUCCUUUCGUUUCCCUUGUGCUAAGCCGCAUCAGCUAACGAGGAUUAGACUCGGACAUUGACUAACAGAUCGUCCUUUGCACGCACUAUUUGACUACUAUCAUCUUUGUUGUCUAAAUCGACGCUUUGUCCAGACUCUAAUAUGCUAUCUGGGGCAGUCACCACCACUCCUCGGCCACGACCGCCAGGUCGGGCACGGAGAAUUUCUACCCACGUCAAAUCUUCUCCGCCUCCUCCAUACGCUGCUACAUCGCUUCUUCAUGAUUCGCUGGAUAACUCGGAUUUGAAACGAGAGUCUUUCCAUGACGCAAUCUCUGCGUGGGAUGACAUCCCUAACCAUCCUGAAGUUUGGAAUGGGAGGUCCCGCGAGGAGCUUUCUGAGCUACUCCUGAAAGCUGAUGAACUCAUCAAAGACCGGGAAAAUGAACUCAGCGUUACCACAGCCGUCUGUAAAUCUUUGUACGAAAAUAAUCUUGAGCUUAAGAAUAAGCACAAGGCCCUCCUUGCCCGCUUGCCCCCUUCAAGAUCAGCAUCUAUCUCUCCAUCCGGGUCCUCUACAUCAUCUCCAACGACUCCUGGGACGCCCCUUUCACACUCCCCCCAUUAUUAUACCAAUAUCUCACACUCUUCCUCCCGUGCAAGCACCAGUGCACCUCGCUCUCGCCGUUCGCAGAGACAUGUCUCUGUCUCCCCUGCAGACCUUGCUCUACUUUCCGAUCAGAACGCUGAAUUACUUGCCAAGCUAGAGAAACUCGAAUCGGAUUCUGCUCAGACUGAUCAAGCGGGACGGCGAAAAUUGCGCAGUCUGGAGAAAGAGAUCCAAGGGCUCCGAGAGGAGCUCGAGAAAACUCGUGCAAGGAGCGACGAGCUCGAGGAAAAGGCAAAACUUGUUAGUCUCACCCUCGAGUCUGAGGAAGCGUCGAAGAGGCGACUUGAGAGAGAAGAGCGCGUCCGCGUCCUACGGGGUAAGAGCGAAAGUGAUACGAGUGAUGGAGAAGUACGAGACUUUGCGCCAGGGGGAACUCUUGCAUCCCAAGGAGUAUCGAGGAGAUCUACCGGACUAGGCAGGUCAGAGAAACGCACGUUUCCAUCGCAGUGUCUACGCCGGCAUGCUUCUGAAGCUGUCUUUCGUUCAGCUCCCGCUGAUGGCAAGCUUACUGAACGAUCCAGAAAAAUGUCUCUAUACGACGGUCUAUCUCGGUCACUCCCGCUGUUCCACUUUCCUCCUCCUGUUCAGGCGCCAGUCCCAGCAACACCGGAAUAUGCACUCGUGUCCCAACUCCUUCAGAAGAUCCGCGAACUUGAGCAGAUUAAUUCACAAAUAACGGUGCAGCAGGCGAAGACGACGGCAUCGCUGCAGUCGGUGCAAAGAGAUGCUGCGAGCAUCCGGCUCAUCUACGAGAGCCUCGGAGAUGGCGACGCCAUUGACUGGCUGGCUGAGGAUGAUAACAUCGAGAAUCCCGGUGUCCACGAGGAAAGUGAUCAUGACGAUGAAGACGAGACGAUUCGUUUUGCCAGUCUCCGUCGGUCUAUGCUCGUGGACUCCUCGGUCGAUUUCGAUAGCGGCAUCAAACCAGACAGACAGAGCAGUAUGCGACAUGCAAUACUUCCUGAUUUUUUCCCUCUACCUGCAAAUCAUCGUGGGCGUCGAUCCGUUGUCGGGUUAUUUGAUCCCCCGACUGUAUCUGAUGUCAGUAGUCCACCAUCCGUGCAUUCACUGAUUAUUCCCGGUCUACCGCCCGUUCCUUUUGUCCCUCAGCCCAGCACGGAAUCCGCGGCCCCCGCAGAAUUGGACUUGCCAUCACCUUUGGCUGCGGCAUUGCCUCUCACAGAAUUUUCAGGUCGCCAGACGUUGGACAAUGAGCUAGGGCUUGCAUGGAGAGACUGUCCUGGGAAUGACCAUUUCCGAACACCAAGUUUGAUUGGUCUUACGUCGCUUUCCCCUUCUUUAUCCGCUAGCGCCGACGAGGUCGGUGUUUCUGAUACAAAUCCGCCUUCCACGGAAGAUAUCCUGUCUUUUCCCCCAACUUCUGGUCACAACUCAAAUCCUUCCACCUCUUCCUCACUUUCCGCGUUAUCUACGUUUGCGGAGCAAGUCAGUCUACAACCCGGUACAUGGCAAGGCGUUCAUGACUCUGAGUCUGUGACGUACAGUCCGCCCAACGCGCACAUGGAGACGCUUGCAGACAAGAAGCGUCGCAAGUCGCACACCAUUCGAAUGCGCACGAACCACUGGAAUGAAAGUCGCUUCGAGGGAACACUUCUUUCUGCCCCGCGGAGGCAGAGUUCGACUGAUCUCGCCCAUCCCUCCACCCCAGUUCCCCAAAGACUUGUAAACGAGUUCGUGGAUAGUAUAAGCCGCCAUCGGUCUCCUACUGUUUCCCGCAGUCCAGCAAAUGACGGGCCGAAAACAGGAUCUACUUCGCCUAUCUCCCUCGAUAAAGAAAAGAUUCAAAAGCCUCAGCAGCGAGGGUUCGUAGGGUUCAUCUUGGAGCUGUGGCUGUGGCUUCAGUUUGCUGUCGUCAUUGUCGUCUUUCUUUGGGCGAUGGCGAAGCGCGGACCGAAAAGUGUGUUGGAGGAAGCUCAGAGACGGAAGAUCCAGUGACGGACUUGGUUAUCUUAAACGGACGAUCUGCGUGUGUUUCAUAAUGUACCGUAAGAUUAAUGUUGAAUAUGUACACACGCACCUAAUGGUAUGAAAUUCUACACCAGCAUCAGCUGGAUGUUUCAGUGUUGUGACAUUACGAUGGCGCGGUCACGUGCCACAUGAAAUUGUGA